UUCAUCGCCUUUGGCUCAUCUCUAUCUACCUUCUCAGGAAAUUCGACCAUUUUGCUAAACUUUGCAAAUUCAUUUUGCAUUUUUAAGGCAGGGAAAACUUAUUAGCAGAGAGCCAGGAUGGAGGUCGAUGAUGAAGAGUACGAGGUGCCCUCCAGCAGCAACAAGGGCGAGAAGAAGCGCUUCGAGGUGAAGAAGUGGAAUGCCGUGGCUCUCUGGGCCUGGGACAUUGUCGUGGACAAUUGCGCCAUUUGCAGGAACCACAUCAUGGAUCUGUGCAUCGAGUGCCAGGCCAACCAGGCCUCCGCCACCAGCGAGGAGUGCACCGUGGCCUGGGGCGUCUGCAACCAUGCCUUCCACUUUCACUGCAUUUCCCGUUGGCUAAAGACGCGUCAGGUCUGUCCCCUGGAUAACCGCGAGUGGGACUUCCAGAAGUAUGGUCACUAGACGGGAGUCACGGGAACGAUGAUGCACCACCAUGCGAUGCAUGCCACAACCCUAUAAAAAAUACCUUCUUAGAUCUUAAGCGAGCACGGGAGAGAGCUACACAUGGCGGCUGAAGUUGCUUUCCCGGAAAAACCACACACACAAAAAAACAACAACAAGAACAACAGGAAACCUUUUUGUAACGCUACGGAAUAAACAAAAAAAAAUGUACAAGUUGGAGAAGUGAAGCGUAA